GCACUUUUGUCUGCGCUUGUUCCCAUGGAGACAGCGGACGCCAGGGUGGCAGUUCCAAUGCAGUACUUCUGUCAUUUGUGGAGAGUUGAAUGGUGCCUGUAAACAUUUGUAGCUUGUCUUAAAAUGCUGACCUGAGACAGAGGAAUAUUGGAUACAAGUGCCUGAACAUAUUUUUUCAAGAUUUAUUUCAGAAACGGUGCCUUUGAUUUAUUUUUUUACUUUAUACGUGAAUGGUACGAUUUAAAAGUGGUCACAAAACAUGGAUGCUCAGGCUGCACCUGUAGAAGUAAAACCAAGACCUGUACAGAUUACAGUGGUACGGGGUAGACACAUGAAAAAUACAAAGGGCACUGUCUUACACAGUUAUGUUCGUGUUGAGUUCAAUGGUAUCCUUCUAGGAGAUUCGCCAAAAAUGGAGGUGAUAUCAGAGAAGGAGGUGGAAUACAACUUUACUGUUAGCUUUGACUGUGCUGUUAACGAGGGUCAGAAUGGUCUGGAUGACAUCGCACACAAACCAGUUAUCUUAACACUGGUUGAAAUUUUACCUAAAGAAAAGAAGCAGAAGGAAGAGAAGACUGCAGUGCUGGGUCAAGGUUUAUUGGAUCUGCUACCUUUACUGCAAGGUGACCAGUCUUUUCUCAGAUUGAUUUUUGUAUUAUUGUUAUUAUUAUUAUUAUUAUUAUUUGUAUACAUGUGCACUAAAUGUAGGACUGAAAUAAUAAAAGCUAUUAUUGGGGAGAAUGAAAAGGAGAUGGAUGAGAUGUUUAGUAAUUUGGAGCAUGUUAACCAGAAUAUUAUUAGUGAUUUGAUGUUUACAACUGACAAGGAAAAAUUUAGAUAUUAUGAUAUUUUGGAAAAGAUUGAAGGUAGCUGUAACAAUGUAUAUAGUUGA